AAUAGAUUAAUAAUAAAGAAAAUCCAAAAUUUUAUCCACUCUGCUCUUCUUCUGUUCCUCAAAAGCGAAAAUCCCCAGCGAAGAACCCCCUGCCGGCCAUCUCCGCCACCGCUGGCAUGUCCGGCAACCUCUACCCACCCCAAUUCGCUUCUUCCAGCCGCCAUCUCGACCAGAAUCUCUCCAACCUUCACAAAUGCUCCGACACUCGCCGCCUUCUCCAAAUUCAUUCUCAAAUCUUCCGCCUUCACCUCCACACUAACCCCUUCAUCGCCUCAAAGCUCAUCGCUUCUUACUCCCUUUGCCUCCUCCCGUCCUCCGCCGCCGCCGUUUUCAACCUUGUUCCCGAUCCGACCUCCCAUCUCUUCAACACCCUCAUCCGCGCCUUCGCCCAAAACUCCCUCCCCUCCCUCUCCUUCAACACCUUCUUUCGCAUGCAGCUUUCCUCCGUCAAAGCUGACUCCUUUACCUAUCCUUUCCUCCUCAAAUCCUUCUCUGGCUCAGUCCAUACCAUCGAACUCAUUCACGCACAUGUUAUCAAGCUGGGCUUCCUGACCGAUACAUUCGUUCCCAAUUCGCUUAUUGAUUCCUACUCCAAAGCCGGCGAAAGCGAAGCCGCCUGUAAAGUAUUUGAUGAGAUGCCGGUGAGAGAUUUGGUUUCGUGGAACUCUGUGGUUGCUGCGCUUGUGAGAGCAGGGGAUGUGUCGGAUGCACGAGGGGUGUUCGACCAAAUGCCUGAACGGGAUACUGUGAGCUGGAACAGUAUGUUGGAUGGUUAUAUGAAGGUUGGUGAAAUGGAUGCCGCGUUUGAUUUGUUUAGUAGAAUGCCUGUAAGGAAUGUGGUUUCUUGGUCUACUAUGGUUUCUGGGUAUUGCAAUAAGGGAGACAUGGAGAUGGCAAGGAUGUUGUUUGAUAAAAUGCCUGUUAAGAAUGUGGUUCCGUGGACGAUAAUGAUAUCUGGAUAUGCUGGGAAAGGCCUUGAUAAGGAGGCUUCGAGCUUGAUGGAUCAAAUGGAGGAAGCUGGAUUGGAACUUGAUUCUGGUGCUGCUGUUAGCAUUCUCACCGCAUGCGCUCACUCGGACUUGCUUGGAUUAGGUAAGAGAAUUCAUCAUAAAGCCAAGAGGAGAAAGUUGAUGUUUACUACUCAAAUUAGCAAUGCUUUGAUUGAUAUGUAUUCGAAGUGUGGCGACUUAGAUGAGGCGUGGAACAUAUUUGAAGGAAUGGAAGACAAGGAUUUGGUUUCAUGGAAUUCUAUGGUUCAUGCUCUAGCCAUGCACGGAUAUGGUAAGAAAUCACUGGAGCUGUUUGCCAGAAUGGAGGAAGAAGGGAUCAUUCCUGACAGUUUUACCUUCGUUGGAGUGCUUUGCGCUUGUACUCAAGUAGGGCUCAUCAAACAGGCUCGAAGGUACUUCAUCAGCAUGCAGAAGGAUUAUGAGAUUGUUCCCAGAAUUGAGCAUUAUGGAUGCCUUAUUGAUAUACUUGGACGAGGAGGUCUUCUAAUGGAAGCUUACAACCUUGCCAAGUCGAUGCCUUUGGAGCCAAAUGCUAUAAUAUGGGGAAGUAUUCUUAAUGCAUGCAGGUUUCAUAACAAUGUAGGCAUUGCGGAGAAGAUCAUUGAUGAAUUGGUGAGUCUAGAACCAUCAGAUGCAGGGAACUUUGGAAUCAUUUCUAAUAUAUAUGCAGCCGCUGGAAAAUGGGAUGGCCUGGCUAAGGCUAGGUUGAAGAUGAAAGAUUUUGACAGGCACAAGCUGGUAGGGUCACGCCGUAUUGAGCUCAAUGAUAAUGCUCAUGAACUUGCUGUGGAAGACAGAAUGCACCCUCAGGCAGAUAGAAUUCUCAGGAUGCUUAAUAGGCUUGGUAAGUAUGUUGAGAAACUUGGAUAUGCAGCUGAAGUUCGUUGAUUGAUGGAAAGGACACACUUCCAUUGCAUGUAUAAGUUUUCAUUGAUGCAGAUUGGACCAAGAGUUUUGUGAGCAUAGUUUCUAUGCUUGGGUGAGCUGAUUUUACUCACUGUUAGGCUUCGUUUGAGACGGCUUUCCUCUUGCUUCUUAAAGCGGUUUUCUAGUAAAAAUUAAAAUUUUUGUACUAAAAAGCUGCUUUAAGAAGCAGGAAGAAAGCCGUCCCAACCGAAGCCUUAGUUUCAGUUGACCAUUGUCAGGAAACUUGAUACGUCCUGCUCCAAGAUCAGCACUUUUGGAGGUCAAGAAGUAUCAUAUUUAUUCAUUACUGCUACUGAAACUGACAUUGCUGGAACCUAAAAGCAGUUUGGAAUUCGGUAGAAUGCCAUUUAUUUAUGCUUUCAGAUUAAAAGGAAUGCGAAGUGAGCAUUUAAAGGUAUCUACAUGGUGGAUCCACAGAUAGAGUUAUCGGAAGGCCGCCGUUUUAUGUGACCAUAUCAUCUAAGCUUUACAAUCAACUACAUAAAAUGUUGCCGCUUGUCGAUGGCAUAGAGAUUGAAGACCCUAAGAUUUAUGAGAUAUGGUCGCUGCCAUAGAGAAUUUCAUGUUGACAAACAAUCCUAACCUUAAAGGUUCAAAGAGGAAGUAAAGAACCAAUUUUGGGAAGGCUAUGCAAAGUCAUCAUGAAUGAGAAAUAUUUUAUGCAAGUUUAAGAGAUUGAUGAACCUAAAAAGGUGAGGAUGUUUUCUUGGCAUUCCACUCUAGAACUAACAAGGCAUUGAUUCAAUUUUUGGAGAAUGAGAUUGUAUCAUUAACAUUAGGUAACAUUUUCAUUUAUGAACUUUUUCUUAGUUUUAUAAUGUAGUUUGAUGAGACCAAUAUUUUUUAUCCAAGAUAUCAAUAUGAUAAAAAUUAUCAUGGUGGGAGAAUGAUAA